GCAGUGGUGAUAACGCCAUCUAUCCAAAUGUCGAGCGUUCCUUUCACGCGCUCCGCUCAUCGCGCAAUGGAAACUGCGCGUCCUGUUAAAGUGCCGUGACUCUUCUUGCCUUUUCUUUUCGUAUAACCAGUUCGUUCGAGUCUGCAAAGAUCCCAGAACUAUCGAGGAGGUUCUGCAGCCGACUUAGGACAUGCUUUCGCGCCACGGAAAUCACGAUAUUUUAUCUCUCCACGGCUCGGUCUGAUAACAUGUAGAGAAAGUGCGCGGUGACCGAGAGCGCAGCGCACGGGCGAUGUUGACGCCGUCCUCAAGCCGCCUUGUUCCCACAGCUUCUUGACUUUUUCCCACUGGAGUAUAAUCUGAGGUUUCUGAACUUGUGAAUAAAACGGAGGUGGCUGCUGAGUAGCAACUGAACCGUCCAGCUGCCCACGCUGCCGCGGGGUCGCUCGGCGCAUCCUUGCCCACUUUAGAGGAAAAAACAAGCACGCAACUAAGAGGGGACAAGACGCGUCCGCGUUUUCCAAAAUAUUUGCCAUCGGUACGCUUUGGAGAGACCUGGAGCUAUUUCGAGCUUUCGCGGGAUAUAAAACAGUAGAAUGAUAGCAUCCAUAACAUUUGGAGUAAGGUGUCUAACUUAAGGUUAUCAUUACGCGUCGACGUUUGUUGGACCGCAUAAAUGGACGAAUACCAGGAGGACUGACUGGGAACUGUCUGGAAAAAUGUGGCUGAAACGGUGUGUCACACGCAGUUCGGCAGUUGCUUGGAGACCUGGGGGAAUGCUGGGAUGUAGAAUGUGGAUCCUUUUCAUCCUUGUCCAUCUCACAAUGGAUCUGUCUCUAUGUGCACCAGUAGGCCAAGGACUCGCCCUGAAAUUACUGCCCAGGUCAGUGCCCCGCCGGCAGCCGCACCCAUCACCCACCCGGGACGCACUCAUUGGCCAGCAUUUAAGGACUCUGGGUAUCUUGCAACGUGGUGUUCCCCCUCUCCUGCCAUCGUUGGGCAACCACAGAGAGCUGGGGUAUACCAAAACAGGAGGGCGUAAGCACCGCAGCUCAGCCCAGAAACGACAACUUUGUGCGGAGUGCAAAUUGGCCGCCUCCGGAAGUUGGAAGUUGGAGAGUAAAUCUGAUUUAAACCUUCAUUUAUCUCGUUCGCGGAGGCAGUUGAGAGGUGAUGGCUUUACCUCACUCGAGGGAAGGACCACCACCGUGGCAGGAUUUAUUGACUGGGGUCCCACAGGGGCUUAUGAGGGAGUCGAGGAGGAAGCGAAAAUGACCCUGAACACCACAGUCAACUCUUUAACCCCCUCCACAACCACAGUUAGCAUCACUAGCACCACCACACCCAGCCCCCAAAGGACGUAUGCGGUAAUUACAACCGCGCACCCUAAGAGGCACAGCACCACACAGCCAAGCACUAACUCUAGAGUGACUGCCAAACCACAGAAACCUUUUGGGGACACACCAGGUCUGGCUGUUCACCAGAUCAUCACCAUCACUGUGUCCCUCAUCAUGAUCGUCGCAGCCUUGAUCACUACACUAGUCCUUAAAAACUGUUGUGCGCAGUCCGGGAAUGGCCGACACAGCAGCCAUCAGAGAAAGAUCAACCAGCAGGAGGAGAGCUGUCAAAACCUGACCGACUUUACGCCCGCACGCGUGCCCAGUAAGGUGGACAUCUUCACCGCCUACAACGACAGUUUACAGUGCUCGCACGAAUGCGUGCGGGCCGGCAUACCGGUGUACACGGAUGAGAUGAUCCAGCACACACCCAUAUACAAGACAUCUUACAAUGGAAACAGACCAUCAUCCACCGAAAGGCAGCUAAUCCCCGUGGCCUUUGUGUCUGAGAAAUGGUUCGAGAUCUCUUGUUGAGGCACUUUUACUACCUUCGGGUUGAGCCCACGUCUUCAAUUUGUGCCCUGGAUCCUAUUGGAAAAUCUGUGAAACAAACAUAAAAUGAAAGACUAAUACACAAAAGCAAGAACAACAGCAAACAAGCAAUUACAGAGACUGGAACAAAGACGGACAGGCGGUUUUGUACAAACGUUGGAUCUCUCUAGAAAUGGACUGAAGAAGUUUAUUUUUCUAGACUGAUUGAAUUGCUAUGGAUGCCACUCCCAAAUUAUUUUCCAUAGACAUGUGAUCGUUUUAGAAAUGAUAUACCUAGAGCUGAUAUAUUAUAUACGUAUAUAACUGCACAUGUGGGUGCGCUGGAGUGACAUUCAGCGGCCGAGGGUCUAUCGAGGCUCUCUCUGAUGGGAUACGUCAUGCGGAGGAAAGACUUUUCUGAACUUUGUGCCAAUAAUGCCAUUAUGUGCCACUACAUAUAUAUAGAUGGGACGCGUUCGGUUUCGUGGAUAAUUACAGACACAACGUUGAACAAUUUGAGUGACUGUCCCCCAAUAUCAAUCCAUCAGUCGUUUUUGUAUAAAAAAGUAUGAAUAUGUAUUUGAAACAUGUUUUGAAAUAGCUGUGUUGCAUAUGUCCAAAAAUAUUUAUAUGGAGCACUAUUCAUUUAGAAUAAAAUAAUGAAUCCAUUAAUGAAUGGUAGACCAGGUUUUAAUUUCACCACAUUGUUACUAGGCCCCGUUUUAAAGGAAUAGUUCUAUUUUUAUACUAAUGAGGUUACUUAUGUGUUAGACAGACCCAGUUCACAUGGACCUUUGGGACUGUUAAUCUGCAAGGGUAGAAGAUUUUUCUAAAAAACAAUCAACAUGGAAAUCAGAUUCAGCAUAUUGAAGCUUAUUUGAUUUGCCAAAGCCAUGCUUCAUAUGUUUUAUUUCUUUUAUUACCAGUUUUUCCUCAUUAAUGGAGGAUUACAGGUAUUAAUCAUGUUUACGGACUCACAGAUCCUCAAGAAAGGUGUUUGAUACCGUACAUUUAUUAAACAGCUAGUUUAGGGGUCACGUUUAAAGGUGCAGUGUGUAAAUUUAGUGGUGAGGUUGCGAAUUGCACCCAAUGACUCAGUCCACUGCUCUUCCCUCACUUUUGAAUUGCAUAGAGAAGCUACAUGUCAUCGACAGAGACAAAUUAGUAAAAAAGUUUGUCCGUUAAGGGCUUCUGUAGAAACAUGGCGGCACAAAAUGGCGACUUCCAUGUAAGGGGACCCUCGGUAUAUGUAGAUACAAACGUCUCAUUCUAAGGUAAUAAAAACAUAAGGGUUCAUUAUUAAAAGGUCUUUACACACCCCUGAUAAUAUAAUUUUGUAUAUUAUUUAGCAUUUCCGUCAAGAGAUACUUUCACAAAUUACACACUGCACCUUUAAGUAACACAACAAAAAAGUGUUAAACUUUCAAAAUAAUGUAAUAAAUCACCUAUUAACAAUCAAUAUUCAGUUUAUAUAUAUUUUUUGUGCCUAUUAAAUCGUUUUUAGUUGUGUUUAUACUUAUUUAAAUAAUGUUCAAAAUGAAAUCUGAAUCGAAAACGUUCCUACAUCUAAUGAAAUCGUGUCCCUUUCUGGGAUUUUUUGUUUAUUAUUUAUUGUCUUCACAUCAACAGAAACUUUCUAUCAAUAGAAAUCAGCAGUGCUGUCAUUUAUAAAACAUUAAACAUGCCAAUCAGAUUUGUGUGUGUUUGCGUGUGCGCGCGCGUAUGUGUGUGUGUUUAAGAUUGCGAAACCAAACCAAAGAGCUCUUGUUGGUAGCAGUAUGUACAGUAAAUGGACAACGCCAUUGUACAUCUCCAAAACAGAGAUGUUUAUGGAUUACGUUUAGUUA